AUGGGAGACGGGAGCUGGGUAUGUUUGAGCCCAGCUGAGUUUAGCCAGCUGCAACAGUACAGCGAGUACUCUACAAAGAAGCUAAAGGAUGUGCUGGAGGAGUUUCACGGCGAAGGAGUCCUCUCCAAAUAUAACCCCGAGCAGCAGCAAGACGUUCUCAACCAACCCAUCGACUAUGAGGGUUUCCAGCUCUUCAUGGCCACUUACCUGGAGAAUGACAUCCCAGAAGAGUUGUGUCAGCACCUCUUCACCUCCUUCAAGAGCAAGACAGGAGGCUGCUCUCCUGAUCAGUCUCGUGCAGGAACGAGCUUACUGGAAGCUCGUUCCAUUGACGCAGGCAUCUCUAUUCAGACUGAAGUGGCCUGUGCCCCCAUUACAGGGAUGAACGGUAAAAGCAUCCUGUCUGCAAUGGGUCGACAUACGCCGGAGCACUCCAGCGUGAUGAGCACAGCGGGCUCAGGAGCCACCACCUCCCCUUGUUCAUCUCGCUCCUCAUCGCAGCAUUCAGGGACAGGAGCCCACACACCUGGGGGGCCCCAACGAUCACCCUGCACCAAGGUCAAAAGCGCAGAGAGUAGCAGCAAUGCCCUGACCCCCAAUGCUGGUCCUGCCAGGUCUCCAGUCUCCCCCAAACUUUCACCAGAGAGAAGCCGCUCCGAGAAGCAUUUAUCACUGCGGAGGAGUCCAUCACCCCAGAAAGGCUCCGCUCUGCCGUCGCCCCAGGUGGUCUUCCUCAAGGACAUCGUCUGCUACCUUUCCCUGCUGGAGAGGGGGACGCCGGAGGACAAGCUUGAGUUCAUGUUCCGGUUGUAUGACACAGAUGGCAAUGGGGUUCUGGACAGCUCGGAGCUGGAUCGCAUCAUCAAUCAGAUGGUGCAUGUGGCAGAGUAUCUGGAGUGGGACUCAACAGAACUACGACCGAUACUGAAGGAGAUGAUGGAAGAGAUCGACUAUGACCGAGAUGGGACGGUCACACUUGAAGAGUGGAUCAGAGGAGGCCUCACCACCAUCCCUUUACUGGUCCUGCUGGGCAUGGAUACGAAUGUACAGGAAGAUGGGCAGCAUGUUUGGCGUCUGAAGCACUUCAAUAAACCAGCCUACUGUAACUACUGCCAUACCAUGCUGCUUGGAGUUCGCAAGCAGGGCCUCUGCUGCUCCUUAUGCAAGUACACAGUGCACGAACGCUGUGUAUCCAAAGACAUCGCUGCCUGCAUCAGCACCUACGCUAAGUCACGUAGGCACACCAACGCUAUGCAGCAUGUUUGGAUGGAGGGUAACUCUCCUACUAAGUGCGAUCGCUGUCACAGAAGCAUCAAGGGUUACCAGGGCCUGACGGGCCUGCACUGUGUGUGGUGUCAGAUCACUCUCCAUAACAAGUGUGCAUCUAAUGUGAAGCCAGAGUGUGAUGGAGGAGCCUUGAGGGACCACACUCUGUUGCCCUCGUACAUCUGCCCCGUUGUCUUGGACCGUCAUUCUGUGGUGAAGCGCGGUGAGGGGGAGUCGCCACCCAGCACCAGCCCUGACGACACCAAUCAGAUUUUCAAAUUCUCCCCCGGGGACGGACAAGCUCUGCAGAUUACUCCUCUUCCAGGUACUCAUCCACUCCUGGUUCUGGUCAAUCCCAAGAGUGGAGGGAGACAGGGGGAGCGGGUACUGAGGAAGUUUAGGUACCUACUGAACCCCAGGCAGGUGUACAAUUUGGAUCAAGGUGGACCCAUGGUCGGGCUCAACUUUUUCCACGAUGUCCCUGAUUUCCGGGUGCUUGCCUGUGGAGGUGAUGGCACUGUGGGUUGGAUCCUAGACUGUAUAGAUAAGAGCAACUUUGCCAGGCCCCCUUCAGUGGCCAUCCUGCCUCUGGGCACAGGGAAUGACCUGGCACGCUGCUUACGCUGGGGAGGAGGUUACGAGGGCGGCAACUUGCUGAAGUUCCUUCGGGAUAUCGAGCACAGCACAGAGGUGGUGCUGGACCGCUGGAACAUAGACAUCGUCCCUGACGACAAGGAGGAGAAGGGAGACCCUGUCCCCUACAGCAUCGUCAACAACUACUUCUCUAUUGGAGUGGACGCCUCCAUCGCCCAUCGCUUUCAUCUGAUGCGGGAAAAGCACCCCGAGAAGUUCAACAGCAGAAUGAAGAACAAGCUCUGGUACUUUGAGUUUGGCACCACUGAGACCAUAUCUGCCACCUGCAAGAAACUUAACGAAUGCAUAGAGGUUGAGUGUGACGGGAUCAUCUUGGACCUAAGCAACACCUCCUUGGAGGGCAUCGCCGUGCUCAACAUCCCCAGCAUGCACGGCGGCUCCAACCUGUGGGGUGAGACAAAGAAGAGGAGGAACUACAACCGCAUGAGCAAGAAGGUUCCUGACAGGAUGCCAGCCAGCACCGUCACGGAUGCUAAAGAGCUCAAGUUUUGCAUGCAAGACUUCAGUGACCAGCUGUUGGAGGUGGUUGGGCUGGAAGGGGCGAUAGAGAUGGGUCAGAUCUACACGGGACUGAAGAGUGCAGGACGCAGGCUGGCUCAGUGUGCCAACGUCACUAUCAGGACGUCCCGGCGGCUGCCCAUGCAGAUUGAUGGCGAGCCCUGGAUGCAGCCUCCCUGCACGGUGAGAAUCAUACACAAGAACCAGGUCCCCAUACUACUGGGCCCACCUCAGAAGACGCCGUUCUUUUUCUUCAAGAAGCGUAACCGGAGCCGUGACUAGGACGCAUACACACACACACAAACACAAAAAACAUACACAUAUACAGUACAUACAGUAUAUGCACACACACACAUAUCACCCACUGUAUAGGCAGCUCCAUCAGAUGACUGGUAAACCGUUCCCAGGUUGGAGUUCAAAAGUGGGAGUUCAUAAACAGGAACACAUCGACAAGUGGAACAUUCCUAAUUUCAGGAUGCCUACAGACAAUUCAAUCCCAAAGGAACCUACGCAGAA